CAGAUAAGCGUUAUCUCUUCAGAAAUAUGCACAUACAAAUUUGUACUGUAUAAAUCGUUCAAGUGUUAUAACCGAUAAGAUUAUAUGUAGUCAUACUUGUGAUUUAGUUCGGUAUUUUACACUAGCAAACCAGAAUGCUUUGGUUAAUUACUCUCGCACUGCUCUUGGUAUAUGCCUAUUACAAAACAGCGAAGCCUCUUUCUUAUUGGAAAAAUCUUGGAGUUGCACACAAAAAACCACUACCCCUAAUCGGAAACUCUGGCGUCUUUCUCAUAAAGCACACGCCGCUUCCUGAGUACGUGAAGCAGUUAUACAACGAGUUUCCAAAUGAAAGAUACUAUGGGAUUAUCCAAUUCGGCAAUCCGCUGCUCUAUGUGCGCGACUUAGAUCUAAUAAAGAGGAUAACCGUUAAGGACUUUGAUCAGUUCAGCGACCACAACAGUUUUAUUGCGGAAAAUGUGGAUCCCCUGAUGAGAAAAAACCUCUUCAGCUUAGGAGGACAGGAAUGGCGAGACAUGAGGGCCACGCUGAGCCCGUCCUUUACCACUAGCAAAAUCAAGACACUUUUUGAGUUACUAAACGAUUGUGCCCGCGAGUUUGUGGCGUACUUCGAAAGGGCGCAAGAAGAUUUAAUUCAGGUCGAAAUGAAGGAUAUUUCGACCCGAUUCACAAACGACGCCAUCGCAUCCGUCGUCUUUGGGUUCAAGUGCGAUUCGCUCAAAGACCGAAAUAACGAGUUUUAUUCAAUGGGAGUAAUGACCGAGGACAACUCGGGCGGACUGAGAUUUCUCCUGAUGGGAAUAUUUGCACUGUUCCCAUUUCUUCAAAAACUUUCAAAAGUGGAUAUGAUACCGGGAACCGUUUCGAAGUUCUUCCGCCGAGUUGUUAAGGAGACCAUCUACAAACGAGAAGUCGAGGGAUUUGUACGGCACGACAUGAUUAAUCUCUUACUGGAAGCUCGCAAAGGCGUCACCGCUGUGGAGGAAUCUGACUUGGCCGCGCCUAGCGAGUUUUCUGCCGUUGAAGAGUCCAAAUCCCACCACGGAAAACCAAAACUUGAAUUGACAGACGAAGACAUAACAGCGCAAGCGUUCAUCUUUUUCGUCGGAGGUUUCGAGACCACAUCCUCGGCGAUGACUUUUAUGUCGUACGAAUUGGCGACUAAUCCCGACGUACAGGAAAAGCUUCAAGCCGAAGUGGACGAAACUCUGAGCGAGUGUGAGGGAAAAUUGAGCUACCACGCGCUCCAAAGGAUGAAAUACCUGGACAUGGUUGUUUCGGAAACGUUGCGAAAGUGGCCCCCGGGUUACCAACUGGAUCGCCGAUGCGUGAAGGACUACGUAGUGCAACCGGAAAAGGUACACGAAAAAACCUUUACCAUCGAGAGGGGUUCCAAGGUCAUAAUUCCGGUUAUGGGAAUCCAUUACGAUCCUCAAUACUUUCCCAAUCCUGACAGGUUCGAUCCAGAACGAUUCAGCGACGAAAACAAAGUGAAAAUACAUCCGUACUCGUAUUUACCUUUCGGCUCGGGACCGAGGAACUGUAUUGCAUCCCGUUUCGCACUUUUGGAGGUUAAAACGAUAAUGUUUCAUCUACUGUCUGAAUUCGACUUCGUUGUUACUGAAAGAACGCAAGUUCCACUCAGACUUUCUAAGAUGAAAGUUCACAUAACAGCUGAGAAAGGGGUUUGGCUUGGACUGAGACGAAGAAAUAAGAUUUAAUUCAACUAUUGUCGCCUAAUAUGCUACUCAGGCUCGGUAGGUAUUCUUCAUUAUUUAUUAUUUCGUUUUGGAUUACUUUUGCAAUAAACAUUUUCACCUUU